AGGGAGAGCCGGCGGACAACGGGAACUGAGAUCUGGAAAUGCAACCUCAAGUUCGCUGCAACCUCAGGAUGUAAUAGAUGGUGUGGCCCCAAAAUGCUUCUGUGAAAAAUAUGCCAUCAGUUACAUGUCGAAGACAGACACCAACCCAAAUAGGUUAUUUUUUGGAUGCCCAUUAUUAAAGGUGACAGAAGCACAUUGCAAGUUCUUUCUCUGGGUUGAUGACCACAUUGUUAGGGUCAGAGCGGGGGAGGCUACAAGGGGAUCGGGUGACGGGAAGCAGAGUGAUGUUGGAAAACAUUUGGAAAUGGAUAACUUGAUAGACCAUGUAGAGGAAAGAAUAGCAAAACUAGAGAAGCUGCUGAACAAGAAAAGUAGAGAAGCAGAGUUGAGAAAAAAGGCUAGAGAAGCAGCUGCAAGAGACAUGGAGGCUUCAUUAACAACGUCUAUUGAUUAGCUGCAAACCAGAACCCGAAGCACCUCGAUUAGGUUCAGAAACUUAAGAAUAAUUUCCUUCUUUGCUGAAAAUUGCUACUAGAAUGUAGAGACACAAAUGUUUGAAGCUUUAAAAGCAAAAAUUGUCGAAGACGUC